GGUAAUUUAGGUCAGUGUUCCCAGCCACAACAGAGCUGAGCGUGUCAGUCAGAGAACGGCGGCGGACAAGCCUGUCAACGGAUUAUACCAGUGCUUGUGAUUUUAUUCAUUUACGGAUUACCAGCCCCGGAAUAACCCCUAGCCAUGUCAGCCCCCUCCCCCGAGCCCGAGGGUCAGAUAUUGGUUCAUGAAUCGGAGGACGAAAACAAGACGUAUAAGUAUUCCUUUACCUACGAGAAGGCAUCGUUGUAUGAAUUCAAGUACGAGCGAGCGGCUGAGCCGGAUCCCAUCGACCCCUGUUUUCGGUGUAACAAGCAAGCGUUCCCCGAUGAUCAGAUCAACGUUGGAGUUUUAUUCCACAAACAGUGUUUCCGGUGUCGGAUCUGUGGGGUGCCGCUCACGACGCAGUCGUUUUAUCGGAACAACAAGAAUGGCAGCAAGGACAAGGAGUGUUUCUGCAAGACCCACGUGGGGAAGAGCAUCAGCGAGCUGAAGAAGGGAAAGAUGAUGAACCUGGACGCCAUUAACAACCCCCAAAAGAAGUAUGUCAUACAGAUCGAUGGCACCUCACGGCCGGGUCUGACUUCCGGUCGCUCCAGCCCUCGCUCCGGGUCCCCACGCCACUCCCCACGCCACUCCCCCAACACUUCAAUGAACCACGGCCACAGCCCGGGGUCAAGCAUGACCAGUGUCACUCCGCGAAGCAUGCACGACCAGUCCAGCAUGGGGAGUCCGUGGACGACCUACACUCCGCACAGCGCGGACCACAGCUUCGGAACUUCGUAUGAUAUGAAGAGUUUCUCGCACCCGAAACCAGUGCUGCAGAGCUAUGAGGACUUUGAGAACAGCAACGUUUUCGAGGCUCAGUCGUUCCUGGAGGCGCGCCACAAGGAGGAGGAGGAGCGUCUGCAGCGAUUCCUCCUGGAGGAGAGGGAGAAAGAGAUGAAGCGUCUGGACGACAGCAUCGCCGGGGAGAAGGAACGCGCUGCGGAGGAGCUCCUAGCCAACAUUGACCAGGUCCGGGCUCACGGCAGCACGCGGAGUCUCCUGGGUGAGAGGGACAGGAUAGAGGAUCACUUCAAGACUGUCAGGGACGACCGCUUCAAGACGAUGCAGGACAAGAUGGGGACGGAGGAGAAGAACCGCACCACCAAGAUGCUGGAGAGGCACUGUCAUGAGAUGUUGACGCUGAUUGGUGAAAAGGACCGCGAGGCUGACCGUAGCGUGCUGUACGACCACUCGAUAAGACCGCCUCUGGAGCCGCCGGAGACCAAGAAAGCUCACCUGUACAAGACCCCAGCCAGGUUUGAGCAGCUGGACAGAAAGGCCGUGCAGCUCGUAAGCAGAGAGUAUUCGACUUACACAGAUCUCGUGAGAGAUCUUACUCGAGACUGCAAGUCGGAACUCGAGAAAGUCAGAGUUCUCUUCCGCUGGGUGAUCGCCAAAGACCUGAACAAGAAUACCGUCAAUGACAUCAUCCGUCCCUCCGCCUCCGCCAUCACGCUACUCAAGGGAGUUAAGUCAGGCAAGGAGACCUACCAUCAGCUUUUCAAACGGCUCUGCACGUACGCCGGUCUUCAUUGCGAGAUUAUUCUUGGAUAUUCCAAAGGAGCUGGUUACAAACCGGGCAUGCGCAUUGAGGGCACAACCUUCCGGAACUCGUGGACGGCUGUGUGCAUCGACGGAAGUUGGCGAUUCGUUAACUGCACAUGGGCAGCCCGUCACGUGUCAGGUCACAUGGACGACCUGCCCCAGCUGUUUCACAAAUACGACGAGUUCUACUUCCUCACAGACCCAGAAGACUACAUCUACCAACAUUACCCAGACGACCCUGCAUGGCAACUUCUAGAAAUCCCACUUCCGUUUUCCGAAUUCAUUAACCUUCCUGUGGUUAAAUCGCCAUUUUUCAACUACGGACUGAAAUUUUAUUCCAACUAUGGUGCCACUCUGUCGACAGAGACGGGAAUGAUUGAAGUGAGACUUGUGAUGCCAAAAAUUCUUGGAUUUGGUUCCAUGUUGGAACCUGUGAACAAAUCAUCAGGAGACUCCCGGAGUCUUGAUGGAAGGACGCUGUUACGGUUUGUGAAAAACGAGGCCAUAUUUACAGUUGCCCUUCCGCGACCUGGGUUAUAUUAUUUCUCGAUCUUUACCGGGGAUUUCUGGCAUUCGGAAUGCCUCGAGAGUGCUUGUUCCUUCCUCAUCAGCUGUUCGGAGAUGUCCGGACCGUCCUCUCCUCCGUAUCCCCCCGUGCCGUUCUUUGGGGCCACGCCCAUCAUGGAGAAAUUGGGCAUCAGCACGGAGAGCACCGAUCCACUGAUUGUGUGUAAUAGUGACUACUUAGAAAUCAACUUCAAAAUGGAAAAUGACACGAAAGUAUCGCAUACAUUCCAAUAUUUCGACGUCGCUGACGAAUCCGUGCAAGACAUUGACAGAUAUGUAUUCCUCCGCUCGCGGAACGACACAGGGGCCACGUACUUGGUGAGGUGUCCGAAAGAAGGCUUCUACAUCUUCUCCCUCUUUUGCGCAGAUCCGACAGGAGACAAAACCAGUCUUGACUGCGCAUAUCGCUAUCUCGUCAUUUGUCAAGAACCCAGUCCAUCUGGAAACGCGUUCCCGAAGACGUUUGCAAAAUGGCAGCGUUGCACCUUGUAUGAACCCGUGGGUGGGGAUUUAAUGACGGACAAACGAUACACCUUCCGACUCGAUGUCCCUCAAGCCGUGGAAGUGUUCCUCGUGAUCGGGGACAUCUGGCAUCAUUUGAAACGGAAGUUAGGAUUCACCUGGGAGACCAACGUCAAUACCGGAAAUGGUACCGGAAGUGCUACAAUAUAUGCGCGGUUCCAAGCCGGAAAGGACCAGAGCUUGUUUUCUCAGCUUUUGGAGUAUGAACUUGUGGACGAGAUUGAGACUGAGAUUUGAGGAGUUCAGUGUUCACUCAGAGCAGAUUCAUGACAAAUGAUGUUAAUUCUUCAUCACAUAGCGUUAUUGAGGAUUGGGGGUGGGGCAGAUAUAGCGAGCAAUGGUUACACUAACAUACUUUAGCCCACAUCAUUCAUUGUAAUUAAUUACAUUCCUGAAAACAGCAAUAUAAAUUUCUGAAGUGACUAAAACAAUUUAUUAAUCUAAUUCGUUAAUGAUAUUAAUGAAACUUCGUAGAAUAUUUGUUUUAUAUAUUUGUUGGGAUAAUUACCUGGGCAAAAUGUAUUUUUCUAACACUUGAAUAUGUGCGUUCCAAACACCUCCUAAGUGUAGAUCGACAGGAAUUCGGCAUUCUAAAUGUGUAUUUUAUUUUUUUGUUUUAGUCAAAGGGCUGACGUGAAUAACAUUAAAUCCCGUGAUGCAAGUAACAUAGCAAUGUAUAUGUCACGCAUUGCGACAACAUAAUAAGUGCUGCAAUAAAAUGUGCUAUUUGAAUAAUUAAUAUAUGAAUUGUAUAUACUGAUAUGUACAGAGGAACCGUUUUGUCGUGCUGUUUAAGUAUGUUAUAGUGAUUGGAAAUAACCAUACUACUCUCACAUAGAAGCGUUUUGCUGUUUUCGAUCAAUGUGAUAAACGUGCUUUUUAACCUGAUCAAUAUUUAAUUUGGAUUAUGGUUAUGCAUAUUUCACCGCAUGUUAUGCCAUAAAAGGACUGUGUGAUUGUGCAAUAAACAACUGACAUUUACGCAUGCGCACCCUUGUCAUUACAUAAUUGCCAUGUUUCAUUAUUGACACAUUGAUCGUCAUGCUGUAAUAUUUAUAAAAUCAUUUUUACAUUCGAAUACGUUAUUUCAAUAUUUUCAAAUUCUGACUGUGCUACCCUAUUCAGGCCAUGUUGUUAUUUAUUUCCGCUUGUUAGUUCACCCUGACCUAGUUAUUCCAUACCCAAUAUAGGUAUGCUUGUCAAAGGCGUCUCCCCGUGUGAUAUGACAUUAUUCACCUCAUGUACAUUCUAUAUAAGGCUUGCCAAAGUGUGUCAACAGUCGGACACACGACGCUGAAUGUAACACAUCUCGUCAUUCUGACCCAUUCGGCGGAAUCCGGGAGGGUCGUACGGAAGUGUGCGGAAAGUCACGAACUGUAUUUCGUCAUUCUGGCUAUAUUUCUGUAAUAAAUAUCGCUUUGAACA